ACUGUGUCGACUAUCGAUCGUCUUCCACCUCUAAACAAUUUUGUGUUGUCAUUGUAAAUUUGGUUUAUUCUUCACGUACCGAAAUUCCAUUAAUUUUUACUCAAAAUGAAUCAGCAAUCGCUUAAAGUGCGCCCUACAGAUGUGCCUGUGCUAAACGCGUCCGGCCGGGCCGUGAUGCCCACGGAACCCAAUUGCCUGAGCCAACUGUCGCACAUACAUCGUCUGCGGGAUUCCGAGCUAAACUACAAUGAACACAAGUAUAAUCUGAACAUGCAGAUGCUGCGUAAUCGCGAGGGACUGGGAGCACCCUUGAAGAUGGGCAUGGAACGCUUUGCAGCACGUCAAAUUGGACGCCUGCCUUUCCUGCAGUCAAGCAAUAUAAUGGAAGAUGUAUUGACUGGACGCUGUGAUGAAAUCGCAUUCGAGGACUUUUUGAAUAUGCCCGAAUUCAAUGAGAACAUGCGUCAACCACAUGCCGUCGUGGAAAAGUCCAUGGGCAUUUAUAUGUAAUUAAAGCGAGUGCACAUACAUGUGAUUAUCUUCUAAGAAACAAUUUUGGCUACAAAUAAAAUGCAAACUGGAAAAGAA